AUGAACCGAUUUAAGUCUACAUUUCGUAUUCUAAAGGGAGCGACCGGGCUUGUUGUGGGGUUUGUUGCUUUAAAUACGAUAAAUGUCCCAAUAGCAUAUGCCGAAGAGCAAAAACAUCAAAAGCUCAAAAUCUACGACGAUCCAAAACCAGAAAUAAUAAUAGUUAAAUCACCUACAAGGUUGGAAGAAGGAAUUAGACAUACGAGGCUUCAAAUUUCGCAAACUAUUAGUGAUUUAAAACAACAUACCCAAAAUGUUACUGAUCAAUGGAUUGGUGUUGAACAAAAUACCGAAAAGGCAAUAAAAGAAGUAAUCUCACCAAAUGAACGAUUGAUGCCUGAAGUCUUGUAUGUUAUAGUCGCAGGAUUAGCCGGAAGCAAUAUACUUGUUCGUAUCACUAGUCCUGUGUUAUUUACAGUCAUAUCUUCGUACUACUUCCUUCCACAAACAUCUCGUAACAUCAUGGCUAAAAUUUGUGAAUAUGAAAAACGAUCACCUGAACUUAUGAAAAUUCAUAAUUCUGUUUCUGACGCGGCGAAUAAUACUAAACAAAAAAUUAAUUCCCUCAUUAACUUUAAAAGUGAUCGAACAGAAGAUAGAAAAAAAUCAUGA